GGGAAGGCCCGGCCCGGGAGGGCGCAAGAACAAGCACCGAGCGGAGAGAGGCAGCGGAGCGGCCCCACACCCCACACCCCGCCCUCCAGGACAGGCUCCAGCCCUCAGUGCAGGUCAAGCAGCCCCGCGCGCCGGCACCUCAGCGACUGCAUCAGUGAGUCAGUGAGUGAAUCUACUGAAGAGAGAACAUGGGGCUCUUUGACAAAUUAGCUGGCUGGCUUGGUCUUAAGAAGAAGGAGGUUCAUGUGUUGUGUCUAGGGCUGGAUAAUAGUGGGAAGACAACUAUAAUUAAUCGUCUAAAACCUUCAAACGCUCAAGUGCAAGACAUUGUUCCCACCAUCGGAUUCAGCAUAGAAAAUUUCAAGACUUCUGGUCUGUCCUUUACAGUGUUUGAUAUGUCUGGCCAGGGAAGGUACCGAAACCUUUGGGAACACUAUUUUAAGGAAGGCCAGGCCAUCAUUUUUGUUAUUGAUAGCAGUGACAAGCUGAGGAUGGUAGUUGCCAAAGAGGAACUUGACACACUUCUGAAUCAUCCAGAUAUUAAACACAAACGAAUUCCAAUUUUAUUUUUCGCAAACAAAAUGGAUAUCAGGGAUGCUUUGUCAUCUGUCAAGGUUUCACAGUUGUUGUGUUUAGAAAAUAUCAAAGAUAAGGCAUGGUAUAUUUGUGCCAGUGAUGCCGUAAAAGGAGAAGGGCUACAAGAAGGGGUGGAUUGGCUACAAGAUCAAAUCAAAGCAAUGAAGACGUAAAGAUGUAAUGACACAAGAAGAACUUCACUAAGAGAGACAGAUUCAGAACUUGGCAGAACCAAGAGCUGUGCCAUGUACCAAAUACAAUCAAUUUGAUGUAAUGAAACUUUAAUCUGUCUUUAAGUUGUGUUAAAAAUGUACUAGAAGUUGAAGUAAUAUGUAAUAUUGUAAUGACGUCAACAUGUAAUAUAUGUUUCAAUUGAUAACUAGUUUAAUUUUAUAAAUGACUUAAAAAGGCAUUACUGAGCAUUUAGAAAAGUUUUUAAAAAACAGUAUAUGUGACUCUCUGUUGGCCAAAGUUUGUAUGUAUAUUUCUACAGAUGGUGACGGGUAAACUAUUUAUUAGUAAAUAUUCAGUGGUGUCCUUCCUUGA